CGGAUAAAUAACUGCUAAAUGUUAUAUUGUACAAACAUGUGUUAUCACAUUUUCUAUAGCCUCUGCUUUAGAAGUUUAGUUUACGAUAUAUUGUUAAAUUUGUUUUACAUUUGUCAAUCGGUGCAGGGCAAGCAAGCGGGAUAAGUAAAUGUUGGGAGUCUGAAAAUCUGUGGAGUUGUCAGACAUGCACACAGUACUCAUUGGCUGCCUCGGAAAUACCAGCUCUGCCUCCCACGUGAUACUGGAUAAAGGCCCGCCCGCUAGCCUCCUAUAGCAGACAAUCACAGACCACUGAGAGAGGGACACACCUUCGUCGUUUUUAGGUAAAAUUCAUGGGGAUGCCAUUUUACACUCAACUCAUUUAAUCUACGAGAUUUAAGCAUUCUUUGCUAAUUGACGUGUUCAAUUGCAUUGCUUCAACCACAUCUACUUGCGCGACUUUGCCGAUAAAAUGACUGGAGUUUUUGACAGUCUAAAUACAGACAUGCAUUCGAACCAGAUUACCUCGAACAGUUACCACAGCUUGCACAAAUCGCAGGAAUCCCCAACUCUACCAGUAUCGACGGCGACGGACAGCAGCUUUUACAAUAGCCAACAGCCUGGACACUGCGCAGGGUCUCCAUAUGGCCAACUCGGGACUUACCAGUACCACAGCAGUGGUAUGAGCAGCGUUCAAUACAAUAACAAAUCAUACGAUCUUGGUUUCAACUCCACUUAUGGCACCUACGGCUCCUAUGGUUCGAGUUCUUCACCGACUCUGACGGAUGCAGAAAAAGAAGAAAGUGAACCUGAAAUCCGAAUGGUUAACGGAAAACCGAAGAAGGUCAGAAAACCUCGAACUAUUUAUUCAAGCUUCCAACUGGCCGCUCUUCAACGGAGAUUCCAAAAGACACAGUACUUGGCUUUACCGGAGAGAGCCGAGCUGGCAGCCUCAAUGGGCCUUACACAAACCCAGGUGAAAAUUUGGUUCCAGAACCGUCGCUCCAAGUUCAAGAAGUUGUGGAAAAGUGGAGAAAUCCCCCCUGAGCAACAUGUGGCCUCCAUCGAGUCUCCCCAGUGUAACUCUCCACCCGCCAAUGCCUGGGACUUUCCACAAAAUCAAAUAAUGAACAAUGUAAACUCCAGUUUACCUCAGAGCAGCAGCCCUCCAAAUACGACUGCGCCUUCUUUCUUGGCAAACUAUUCUUGGUACUCAUCAACGAACUCUGCAACGCAUCUUCAGUCUGUCCCGCGUGUCCAGAACCACCACAACUCCGUCUUGAGCGCUGGGACAAUAUUUUAAUACAAUUGACUCUUAGUCGGAGAAUACUGGUGAAACAUUAAAAAAAAGUUCAUGAUACAUUUUCACAGACCUCACAAAGCGAACUUUACGCGCAACGUUGACCAACUUAAUGUAUAGGUGCCAGGGUAAUUCAGAAGGUCACAGUCCUCACGCCGGCAAAUGGCAGACUACAGAUUUGUACAGUUAUUUUUGUAUUUAUUUAUUUAGUUUAUUUUAAUGGAUAAAAUGUAUGAACCACUAAUAUCCAGAGCAAUCACAGAGUAAGUUGCUUUCUUUUAGUGCGGGCGUUACUUUUGCAUCAGUGCAAGUAAAAAGUUGAUUGCAGGAUGUAAACAACUGUCACAUCUAGCACAAUUUGCAACUGUAUCGUGCCUUUUGAAAAUGACCUCAGUUUUGUUGUAUGAUGAGAUCGAUGUUUUACAUGCACUCAGAUUUCUAUUGGGCCUAUUCUUUACUCUUGAUUUAUUUUGUACGGUGUCAGAAUUCGUCUUUGAGCAUAUUUCAUAACAUUCUUUUCAUAUUAAGUCCUGUCAUUUUUUUCUUGUUGAUAUUAGGGCCAAAUACCUUCUAAAUCCUUCGUAAGCUACUGAUUGUCCCAUAUUCAUACUGAACUUGUAUAACAUUUUGAUGGUAUAUUGUCUUUAAUUUAUUUUUAUGGUUAGCAGUGUUUCUUUUAUAAUGAUAUGAUAAGGCGUUAUUUAAAUAAAAUGUGUUUUCUGUGUA